AUGACAUACAGUGUAAAACUCAAGGAAUGUCCUCAUGCUUUUGACAUCAUCACAGAGCUGCACGUGGAUGAUAAAGAAAUACAAGAGCUUCCUCCAUGGGUCAACAGAUUCUCUCGUCUGCAAGAACUUCGGUUCAAUGGAUGCAAAAAGCUGGUGUCAAUCCCACAAAUUUCAGAUUCUCUCAUGUACAUAGUUGCAGAGGAUUGUGAGUCCUUUGAAGAGUUUCCCCCAUGGAUCAGUAAAUCCUCUCAUCUGAAUGAACUCGUGCUCAAGAGAUGCAGAAAGCUGGUAUCACUCCCACAUAUUCCAGAUUCCCUCACUUACAUAGUUGCAGAAGAUUGUGAGUCCUUGGAGAGACUAUAUUGCUCCUUUCAAAAUCCAUAUAUUUCUGGCCUCCAUUUUGCUAAGUGCUUCAAAUUGAAUCAAGAAGCCAGAGACCUCAUCAUCCGAACAUGGACUAGUGACUAUGCUUACGAAGGGAGCUAA